AUGAAUGUGCGUUUCUCUUGCUGAUAGCUGAAUCAGAAGACUAGCCAUUAAUGGAGGUUUUCGAGUUGAAAGUACGCCUGCAUUGCAAAGCAUGCGAGAAAGCAAUUCAAAAAGAAUUGUGGAAGAUUAAAGGUAUUACUUGUGUAGAGACAAAUGUGAUUUUGAACAAAAUCACUGUGAUGGGCUAUGUUGAUCUCAAGAUCAUAAUGAAAGCAAUUAGAAAGACAGGGAGGAAGACUGAGGUUUGGUCGAGCAAACAAAAAGAGCAGAGAAGUCGUGGAUAUGGCUGUUUUAUUGUUCCCAGAUGUGUCUUCUGAAAGCUAAGCUUUGAUUUCAAGUGAUUCAUUCCCAUACGUACGCAUUUGUUAAGUUAAAUCUCUUAGAUGGCCAGAUAAGAGUUCCUUCUUUUCCCCUAAUUAUUUCGUUAAGGUUUGGCUGGAAUAUUGAUAAGUCCCAGGAUUUAUGAAUUUGACGGAUUUGAAAGUUGAAAGAUGUCAA